AUGGCAGAGGCAAGUCAUUCUACCGGUGCCAGCAAGAGGAGUGCGUGGCAGCAGAAGGUCGAGGCAUUGCAAAAGUACAAGCAGGAGCACAACACCUGUGAUGUCGAGUGGGGCCACGAUUCUGGGCUCGCAGUGUGGGUCUACAGACAACGGAGCAACAAGCAAACUCUGAAACCAGAGAUUCGUCAAGCUUUGGAUGCCAUCGGUUUUGACUGGACCAAACCGGUAUCCCGUGGUGAUACAAACACUAAAGGGAGAAACGACGAUAGGUGGGUUAUCAUGCUUUCAAAACUCAAAGUCUACAAGAGUCAAUACGGCAACUGCAAAGUUCCACCUCGCUUCACGCAAGACCGUCGAUUGAGAUUGUGGGUCGUUCGGCAAAGGCGCAAGUAUCGGGCCAAUACCCUCGCUCCCGAGCAUCGGAAGCUCCUCGAAGAUAUCGAUUUUCACCGCGACAUCGAAGAAAUGAUCAACCCAUGGCUAGCCCCCGUGGAUGAUCAAACAAUUGCGGUCAGAAGUCGCAAUGGCGUAGAUGCUCCACCGUGGCCACAGAAGCAUUCCGACAACAUCGGUAUCCAACUUAGUUCGGAACAGCUGUCGUUUGAGCAGCAGGCCAUGUCGGAAGUUCUACAACUUGCCACGCCUGCUCCCAGAGCGGACAGUGAACCAAACGAGGAAGCAGAAUUCGACUUGGACAAUCUGGCUGUCCUUGUGUACGACUUCUGCAUCCUUUUAGAUCGGGAUGACCGCUACGACUCGGAAUCACAGCUUUGUCGGUGCGAAGAAAUUUUGACUCAAACAAUCGAAUCAUUGGGAAGGGCGAGGGAUCCUGGCCCGAGGGUUGAAAGCAGAAAGCUCGAAGACUCCUUCUCUCGCCUCGUCCCACUCGUGGAGGAGUUGGGAUAUCUUGUGGACCCUACAAACAUAGACGAUGUGGUGACUGUGUCCGAGUGCGAAAGAGUUUUGUCCGAGAGGCUUAAGGCUGUGCAGGACGAGAUCGACACAAAGAACGUGGCAGAGCUUGCCAAAGUGCAGGCCUUACUGGCGACGUUACCAGCGUAA